AUGGAUAGAACACAAGAAUUUAAAAAAGACGUGGCAGCCACUGGUAUUACUCAAUUAAGCAAUACCAUCGAAGAGAGCAGUAUAACAGGGUUCUUAAGUAUAACAAAGGAAUUAAGAAUAUCUUUAAAUUCUUGUUAUACUUCACUAAUAAACAGGAGGGCGUAUGACUACACAGAGAUAGAAAAUAUGAUUAAGAGUCUAGUAAAGGAAAGCACAAAGGCAACAGAAUUAAUAGAACCAGAGAACGAGUGUAAGUAUACAAAUGGGAUAAUUUCAAAUAUUAAAGCAAUAGUAAAAAGAACAGAAAUUAAACUAGAAGAAAGGAAGAGUAAGAAGAUCCAAUCUUCACUUAAUAUUGCACUAGAACCAGAGAAAUCAUCAUCUGUUGUAAGACCAAAACCAGUGAUGCUACAAGUACUACAUGAAGAAAAUGAAAGGAUUCUUGAGCGAGUAAGGUGCACAGAAAGAGAAGUAGCACAAAUCAGAAGAAGAGUAUCAGAGAUUGAUACAUUACAAAGGUUAAUAACCCAAGAAUUAUAUGUUCAAGAUGAAAGAAUAGAUGUAAUAUUACAUAAUACAGCAGCUGCAUCUGUAGAUGUAAAAAUAAGCAGGACAUACAUAAGAAAUGCAGGUGCAAAAAAGAAAGUAGCAAAAAGGUUCAUUUCAUUACUUAUAAUGAUAUUAUCAUUUGUUCUAUUAAUGCUUCAUUAUUUAAAUAAAUAA